UUGUCUCAGCAUGGACCCGUGUGUUUCCAACCAGCGCCCUAUCCAUGGUCCGACCUCAAACACGGAAUUCUACGUGAAAGAAAAUGGUUUUAUUUAACAGCGUCGUCUUCGCUACUUAUCGAGAAGAACGAGAGAAAGACUUUAAAGGGUUCCUGGAAGUUACCGAAGCGUAGUUGAAGGUGUAAACACUAAAGACGGGACUAACCGCAGCGUCUGCAGUGAACGCUGCAACAAGAUAUCAGUGCCAUGAAGCUGAAUCCCCAACAGGCUCCACUAUAUGGAGAGUGUGUGUUGACUGUUCACCUGGAGGAAGAUGAUGUGUGUCGUGCUGAGGAUGAAGAAGAGAAGGUGGAGUUUUACCUUUUAUUCUCAGGAUCUACUCAAAGACAUCUGACCAGCACGCUGCGAGUCAGCCACGUCACCCUGCAGGCGGUGUGUCCAGCUCAUAAUGUGUGUGAGCAGGUCUUGGUGACGUUAUGCUGGGUUCAGCCUGAUGGAGCAGUGGACUCGCGCUCUCAGGAGACCUUCUGCUUCGUACAGGACUUGGCUCUCGACAUGGCCCACUUCCUGCUUGACAGCAUAGCUCCACAGGAAGCAUUACUAUUGGAUGAUGAGCAGGAGUGUGAGCGGUUGGACAAGAGUCUGGCUCUGGCCCUGAGACACCUGAGGACUCGACCCGGGAUUCACACACACAGUGGUAGGGACGGACACGACAAUGACACACAUGAUGAAACGAGCACAGAUGUGUCCACUGCGGAGCCUCCUCGCCAGCAGCUCUCAGGCCUGCUGCACCUGGCAGCCAGUCACGGUCUGCGCACGGUGGCAGCGUUCCUCCUGCAGCAGCCGGGGGCCCGCCGGGCCCUGAGGACCCCCAACGCCCGGGGGCUGACUGCAGCCUGUGUGGCGCAGAGCAGAGGGCACGAGCAGCUGCUGGAGCUCUUCACCCAGUUUGAGAAGUCUUCAACUGUGCAAGUGGAACCAAAAGAGCGGCUGCACUUUUACCCAGGAGGCCGAGUGUUUCAACAGCAUCUGAAUCUCGGUACCUACACCCUAACAUUCCCUGGAAGAGAGGAGGGGGCCGAGACACAGAGAAGUGAAGAGAGCUGCUUACAGGGGGAGGUGGAGGAGCUGAGGAGACAUAUCCGUCUUCACAGGGACAAAAAGGGAAGUGUCGCAGCGACACAUGUGGUUCCGCAGCCCUGCUCUAACGGCCUGUCCGUGGUUACCAUAGAGACCUGUAGCACAACAAAAGAAGAAGGGGGAAGUCCGCCAUCAUUGGAGCAAAGAGCACAGGGGGAGGACUCUGCCGCUGUCACUCACAUAUCCUGUACCAGUGCAAAGCUUUGUCAGGGGCAGGAAGCCGGGGGAGAACAGAAGGGAGCCCCGGCUGCCAACUCUCCUGCAGGACGCUACAGGAAAAACAAAAAGAGAACUAGAAAAAGCACCAGACACGCUGCAGAAUCUCCAGGAAAUAACAGAAGCACCCCAGAGGCCAAUAGAGGGAGCACACCGCAGCCUGCAACAGGAAGUACAACUGAGACCGAUGGACCUAUUUCACCCAGAGAACCAGUGGUGGCAUCAGUGAAAGUCGACACAAAAACAGAAAAGACUCCAUUACCCAUAAAGCCAGAGUCUGGACCAGGUGGAGAUAGGAAGUGUGCUGGCAGAAAAGCAGUGGCCUUGCCCACCAUCAACACCACCGUAGAAAAACAGGAAGCAGAGAAGUGGGAAGCUGAGCCAUUGAUAUGUGAGCGAGUUGUAGAGACAGGAGCACAGACAGAGCGGGGGGGCACUGGACCGGCUGAAGUCAACCCUGAUCUGGAAUCAGCUGCAGUAACCAUGGGUCAGGAACAAUCGAAAGAUCCCCAGGAAAGCCUGUCAGACGCAGAGGAGCCGGGCCAACCUGACACUGUGAACAACAGUCCUCAGAAUACCAACCCCAAGUCCCCCGACAUGGACAUAAAACCUCUGAGAGGGCUGUGGCGGGGUGGAGGCUGGAUGGGAAGCACAGUGGGAUCCCCCCCUCAAGGAUUAGACACCGUAGCACACACUGUCUGGUAUCAGGGUGAAAACCUAGACCAGGGUGCUGAUGAAGCCUGUAACAGAGAGGAAGUGAGAUCCCAGUCCGUUUGGUAUGACAGUGACACACCAGAUCAGAGCAAACACGAACAGCUGGAGCAGGGAAUGAGGGAGCAGGAAGAAUGUGAUUUGGGCUCGGCCCAAGCUUCUGGUCUUAGUUCUCUACAGCUGUUAGAUCAGGGACUUGCUUUUCAUCAACUGUCCUCAGCUCUUAGUCAGCCACAUGCUGCUGGAACACAGCCAGCACUAUCACAUGGGCCCCGGGCACAAAGACGGGAAGUGCACGGAUCACAGCCAGAGGAGGAAGUAGGGCCGGAGUGGAAGGAGGGAGGAGUGGAGGGGGACGGAGAGGAGGUUAGUAACAGAGACACCAGUCACAGCAGAAAGAGUUCUGAAACGGCAGACAUCGAGGAGGGAGAAGAGAAGCAAGGGAGCGGAGCAAAGGGCAGAAAAAAGAGGAGGAAGAAGAGGGGAAGGAGAGGAGGCGGGGGAGGCCAAACUUAGCUCCAGCUCAAGCAUAGACUCUCUAAGUCAGAGAGAACAAGU